AUGGCAUCCAUGCUGUCCAAGCCAGUUGCGAUCAUCGCCGGAGCUGGGCCGGGAACCGGGGCAUCGAUCGCCCGUCGGUUUGCCAAGGCAUAUCCUGUGGUGCUCCUCGCCCGGACUCAAUCAAGCCUCGACCCUCUGGUCCAGGGCAUCAAUCAGGAUGGAGGAUGCGCCAUUGGCAUCCCCGCCGAUGUCACGAACACAGAGAGUCUGAACUCCACUCUGAAACAAAUUGAGCUGCAGUUUGGAUCCGAUCUAACCGUUUCGGCGGCCAUCUUCAACGUGGCCAGCAAGUUCACGCGUGCACCCUUCCUGGAUUCCAGCGCAGAGUUCCUGGAUAGCUUGGAGGCGACCGCGCGAGGGGCCUCACAUUUCUCCCAAGCGGUAUUGCCCUUGAUGCUGCGCGCGGCAUCGCAGGCAGAGCUGCGUCAUCCACCGACAAUGAUAUUCACCGGUGCAACGGCAGCCAUGAAGGGGGGACCCGGCCUGGGUUCAUUUGCCAUGAGUAAAUUCGCUGUCCGGGCGCUCUCCCAAUCACUAGCGCGUGAAUUUGGUCCCAAGGGCAUCCAUGUUGCUCAUGCCAUCGUCGACGGGAUCAUCGCGACGGAGAAGACGAAGGAAUAUAAAAAAGACAUCCCGGAUGCGAAGAUCGAUCCCGACUGGAUCGCCGAGACCUACUGGUUCUUGCAUACCCAGCCCCGGUCGAGUUUUACCCAUGAACUCGACCUCCGACCUUACUGUGAGAGCUGGUGA